CCUCGCUCGCCAGCUUCCCGGGCGGUUGAGCAGGUCGUCGACGCCGGCUCCUAGCGGAGCGCGGGGAAGUGGAAGGUAUCGGCGUCAGCAGCGUAGUCGACGGCGGCCCUGGCCAUGGAAGAGACGCAGCCGCUUCCGCAGCCCGGGCUGCCACUCUGCGACAGCCUCAUGAUCUGGAUGACAACUGUACAUGUGGACCUCGCCGAAUAGAAAACACAGGAAUCAAAGCGACUACAUCUGUGGAGAUGAUGGAGAAGCUCGAUAUCGUCAGUCAGAAUAAGACCAGGGGCCAACUGUGAAACAGACCAUCAAUUGCUCAUAUGCAAGUUCAAGUUGAAGCUGAAGGAAAUUAAAACAAGUCCACAAGAGCCAAACUGCAGACGUUCAAUACCACUGCACCUUGUCAAGAUGUCAAACAACUGACUAAUGGAGUUGCCAUGGCACAAGUUCUUCAUCAGAUUGAUGUAGCUUGGUUCAAUGAAUCUUGGUUAAGCCGAAUUAAAGAGGAUGUUGGUGACAACUGGAGAAUAAAGGCCAGUAAUUUAAAGAAGGUCCUUCAAGGAAUUAUGAGUUAUUAUCAUGAGUUUUUGGGGCAGCAUAUUUCUGAAGAACUUAUCCCUGAUUUAAACCAGAUAACUGAAUGUUCAGAUUCUGUAGAACUUGGGAGAUUGCUCCAGCUUAUUUUAGGUUGUGCAGUCAACUGUGAAAAGAAGCAAGAACAUAUUAAAAAUAUAAUGACAUUGGAAGAGUCUGUUCAGCAUGUGGUCAUGACCGCUAUCCAAGAGUUGAUGAGUAAAGAAAUAUUGAGCUCUUCUACAAAUGAUGCUGUUGGGGAAUUAGAGCAACAGCUUAAAAGGGCCUUGGAAGAACUUCAGGAAGCAGUAGCAGAAAAAGAAGAGCUAAGGCAAAGAUGCCAAGAACUAGAUAUGCAGGUGACUGCACUUCAGGAUGAAAAGAAUUCGCUAGUAUCUGAGAAUGAGAUGAUGAAUGAAAAACUUGACCAGUUGGAUGGAUCUUUUGAUGACCCAAAUACAAUGGUUGCAAAAAAGUAUUUUCAUGCACAGCUACAACUAGAACAGUUACAGGAAGAAAACUUCAGGCUUGAAGCUGCAAAAGAUGAUUACCGUGUUCACUGUGAAGAGCUUGAAAAGCAACUAAUUGAAUUUCAACACAGGAAUGAUGAAUUGACUUGUCUUGCUGAAGAAACACGAGCCCUGAAAGAUGAAAUAGAUGUUCUUAGGGCUACCUCUGAUAAAGCAAAUAAACUGGAGUCAACAGUUGAAAUAUAUCGUCAGAAACUACAAGAUCUGAAUGACCUUCGCAAGCAGGUGAAAACUUUACAAGAAACAAACAUGAUGUAUAUGCAUAAUACAGUCAGCUUAGAAGAAGAAUUAAAGAAGGCAAAUGCAGCACGUACACAAUUAGAAACAUAUAAGAGGCAGGUUCAGGAUCUUCACACUAAACUUUCCUCGGAAUCCAAAAGGGCAGACACGCUAGCAUUUGAAAUGAAGCGACUUGAAGAAAAACAUGAAGCUUUAAUUAAGGAAAAAGAGAGACUAAUAGAACAGCGUGAUACUCUAAAAGAAACAAAUGAGGAGCUCCGAUGUUCAAAAGUGCAACAGGAUCACCUAAACCAAACAGAUACAUCUGCCACAAAAAAUUAUGAGACUCUUGCUGCUGAAAUUAUGCCUGUGGAAUAUAGGGAAGUAUUUAUUCGACUGCAGCAUGAAAAUAAGAUGCUUCGCUUACAACAGGAAGGGACUGAGAAUGAACGUAUUGAAGAACUUCAGGAGCAGCUGGAGCAGAAGCACCGUAAAAUGAAUGAACUGGAAACCGAUCAAAGGCUGAGCCAAGAACGAAUCCGAGAAUUGCAGCAGCAGAUUGAAGACCUCCAGAAAUCUUUACAGGAACAAGGCUCCAAGCCUGAAGGUGAAAGUUCCAGCAAACUAAAGCAGAAGUUGGAAGCUCAUAUGGAAAAACUAACAGAGGUCCAUGAAGAAUUACAGAAGAAACAAGAGCUCAUUGAAGAUCUUCAGCCAGAUGUAAACCAGAAUGUACAAAAGAUCAGUGAACUUGAAGCUGCUCUUCAGAAGAAAGAUGAAGAUAUGAAAGCAAUGGAGGAAAGAUAUAAAAUGUACUUGGAGAAAGCAAGAAAUGUAAUAAAAACUUUAGAUCCCAAAUUAAAUCCAGCAUCAGCUGAAAUAAUGCUACUUAGAAAACAGUUGUCAGAGAAAGAAAGAAGAAUUGAGAUCCUGGAGAGUGAAUGUAAAGUAGCAAAAUUCCGUGAUUAUGAAGAAAAACUCAUUGUGUCUGCGUGGUAUAAUAAGAGUCUAGCAUUCCAGAAACUGGGAAUGGAAUCUAGACUUGUGAGUGGCAGUGGUGCUUGCAAAGACUCUGGUCCCUGUACCCCUGCACGGUCUUUCUUAGCACAGCAGCGACACAUUACCAACACCAGAAGAAAUCUCUCUGUUAAAGUUCCCGCCACAACAUCUGAUUAAACUACAAAGGAAAACAAACAGAAGUGCCCUUAAAAUAUUUUAUACCUUUCAGCUAACUACCAGGUUGAAAAGAAAAUUUAUAAUGCUGAAUAUCAGGUGUUUUAAAAUCAAAAUGCAUGAAAUUAAUUUUGCCAGCUGACUUUGAAAACAAACUGUAGAAUUAGUUCUCUCUCUUGGGGAGCACAUUUGAAUAAUUACAAAAUGUAAUUAGACACAGACCUUAAACACAUUUUUCUUUUGAGAAUAUUAUACUUUCAAAUAGAUUUUGUAUAUUUUAGUUUAACGUUUUCUGUUGUUCCAUUAAGUUGGUUAAUUUGCAAUAUAUAAUCAGGGAUACAUAACUUAAUAAAAACAUGUUUUUAUUAUUAUUACUUUUUUGGUCCAUAUAUAAAUAGUCUUGAGGUAGGCACAUAGAGAGCUAUACAAGGGUGAUUUGUUUGACUUGACAUAUGCAAGUUUUUACUUCUAUCCUUCUAAUGCUGUCAUUGAAUAAGUAUAUUGCAUCAUGUUGUUGGUGGUAGGGUCUCUGUAAGGUUGCUAUGAACUGGAAGCAACUUGACAGCAACGGGUUGAUGAUAGAACUUUUGGAAGAUUUGACUUUUGAAAUGACUUUACCAUAGUAAAAGUGAGUACUGUAAUUGGAAAUUUUGCAGAUUCAGAAGAGGUCACGGUUCUUAUAUGUACCUACUAUAAACAAGGGCUUAUCUACAGCUUGGUUGAAAUGUUAAGGAUAUAGAAGAAACAAACUGACCUUUUCAAAAGGUGAUUUCUGAGAGACAUCAAGCUAAAAAAUACACUUUGUGUGAAAUGUCCACAUACUUUUAAUGUAUUAGUGAACAGUUUCAAUGAUUACUUUUCAGCAUUGCAGAUUUUCAGGGAUUCUGCUAAAAGGAAAGACAAACAUUGCGUAAUGAUUUGUCUCUUCAUUAAAGAGAAUGCAGUGAUGAAACAACUUGAAAUCAGUUUGAUUUUGUUUACUAACUAAGGAAUCUAUCUUGAGCUGAGUUUGCUCUACCAAAAGCUCUUGUUUGCAAGGUAUUACUCUCUAAUUUAUUUUGGUCAUCAUUUUUAAAAGUCACCACUUUGGAAUUUUAACUUAGUUGUGCUAAAUCUGUGCUUUUCAAAAUGAUAGCUGUAAACCACCUGAAGCAAUUUCAAUUAAAAUUAAAAAAUUCAUUUCCUUGGUAAAGAAACCACAGUUCAAAUUCUCAGUAGUCACAUUUCAAAAUAGCUACAUGUACUUAGUGACUGCUGUAUUUGGCAGUGCAGAUACAGAACAUUUCUAUCAUUGCAAAAAGUUCUUUUGGACAGUGCUGCUCUAAAUCUUAUAAUAACUUAGAAAAAUGUUCUUUGGUGUUAGAACACAAAAAUAAAAAGAAGAAAAAUAUUAGAACUAUUGCAGAUAUAAAAAGUAGUUGUGAUAUAACUAGCAUCCUACAUUCCCUGCAGUUGGAUAUCUUAUGUUGUGAUGUCCAUAGUCAGAUAUUUUCAGGGCUGUUCAGCAACUACUUACCUAUCAGGACUGUGUCUAGACUCGGGGUUGGUAGGCUGUCUAUAAAGGGUCAGAUAGUAAAUAUUUUAGGCUUUGUGGGCCAUACGAUCUCUGUCUCAGAUCAGCUCUGCCAUUAUAGUGUGACAGCAGAUACAGACAGUAUGUAAACAAAUGAGUAUAGCUGUAUUCCAAUAAAACUUUAUUUUUUAAAAACAACAACAAAAACAGAUGGCAGGCCAGAUUUGGCCUGUUGGCCAUAGACCCCUGGUGUAGAUGUUUAUUUUUAGCCAUUCUUUUAAAACAUGAGUCUUGUUCCAUUCACAGUAUUAUUUAUUUAGAUAGCAAGAUUCUGGAUUCUCUCUCAAUGAUUUUUAAUCACUGAAAAUACAAGAAUUUCUGAUACUAGGUAGCAUCUGACAGGAUAUUUUGUUUUAUCAGGGUUACUUCUGUUGACUACCUCUUAGAUUUUGAUGUAUUUUAUCAGUGCAGUUAUAUGUUGGUUUGCAUUUUCAUAUGCUCUUAUAGUCUCUGGUUGCCUGUGACUUUUAGUGACAUGAAAUAAGCAUUUGAAAACAUUUUAGCAUGCUAUUUACAAUUUUCUAAAUAUUAAUGGUAUUUCAGUGUAUUUUUGUCAACAAAAAAUCUGCCUGUUUGGUGUUUACUACUUGCUUAUACUAGAGAUUUUACAACUCUUCAAGCUCACUUUUAAUGGAAUUUAUUGUAAAACAUCAAUUUCAAUAAAUUAAUAUUUUCACAGUUCAAUUGCUUAUAAUAAAUUUUUGAUUAUUAUACUUGGAAUUUCUAAAUAAUUCAUGCAAAUUCUGAAUAAGAACCUGAGGCUAGAUUCCUCUUGCUUAGUAGAGGUAAGACAAAUUUUCUGAUUUUUCAUUUUUCUAGUUGAUAAGUAGAAUUUAAAAUGUUUCAUAUAUAAGUAUUUAUACAAGACUAAUGUAAUUCAAAGUUCUAUAUUAUUGUAAUGAAUCAUACAGAAAUUCAGGAACUGAUCAGAAGUGAGAUUCUUUUCCACAUCUGGUUAGUGUAGUGAGAUUGACGCCCUGUGGGUGGUGAAGCAUUAUGAAUAUUUCAUCAUGAACUGUGAUUUAUACACGUCUGUGUUGUAAGGGAGGCUCGAGUGCAUAUACUGUGGAAGAAAAAGUCAGCAUUUACCUAUCUGAUAAGGAAUUGAGUGACUCAGUGAUUAUAAAAUAAAUUACCAUAGACCAAUUUGGAAAUUAUCUUUAGUUUUGAGCAUUAGCGCUAAGAUUUAUAUUCAUUUCUCUCUUUUUAACAUAAAAAGUGUGUAUACAUAUAACAGUGAUAUUUAUUCUGUGAUUCAUUAAAUGUAUUGAGAAAUAUUUGAAGUUGAUUCUAUUUUUCCAGUGAAUAAGGUUGUCAAACUAAUGAUUUGGUGUAGAUUAAGAAUUUAUGACUUGUGUCUAGAAACAUUAAACUGAGUAUCCCUCAUUAAGAUGGCAUCAUUUUUGAUAAUGAGUGCUAAUUUGAAUGCUAGAUAAUACUUUCACAUUUACGCCUAUUUCUGUUUAGAGGCACAUCUGUCCUACGGGAUGGCAUUCGGGCCACAGUACUGUGUUAGGUUCUCUAUAUGUGUAUUUAAUGAGAAACAUUCCUAUGUAAAAAAUGUGUGUAUAUGAUUGUAUGCAUACAUUCCUAUUGUGAAACUGUACAUUGAAAAGCAGUUUGGAAAUUCAGAAAGCACAAUCAUAAAAAAAUAGUAUGUGUUAUUAAACUUGAGUUUAAAUGUAAUGGUUAGUUUAUAAAAGGUACUUUCUAUUUUCUAUGGUAAAGACUUUCACACUUGAAAAAUUGAAGCAAUACUUGAUUUAUUUUUGUAAGUACUUAGGAUAUUAUUUUAAAUAAAUGAUUGAUAAUAUAAUAGUUGUUACAUGUCUUAAGUAAAUAAACUUUCUGCUUCUGUGGUCUGAGGGUUAUGAUGGGGUUUUAUUGCAUACAAAUGUACAUUAUUUACUGCUUUAAAUAAAGGACUUAAAUAUUUGAAUUGUUAAAGAAAAGGUACAUUGCAUUAAUUUUAUUCUUCUAAUUUUGUUUGUCCUUUUAAAACUUUUGGUCAAUGAAAAUAUGUGUAAAAGUGAUUUUUUUUCAUGUCCUCCAGUUUCACCACUAUAAGGGAGACAUCCUGCAUUAACAUGGAACCCAGAACAUUUUUCUCUGGCAGAGAUAGAUACUUACCCUCAAUAUCCAUUCUCCUGUUCAUUUAAUAAUAGAACCCCAAAUUUUAGUGUGUUACAUAACCAUCCAGAAAAUAGAAAGAAAGAGAUAGGGGGAAUUAAAACAAAACAAAAAAACUUCUCCCUAGACUCUUUAAAUACAUGCGGCCAUUUGACUGAGUUCUGGCAAGCAAGAUUUGUGAUAGUGAUGGGUGCAUAUUAAAAGACUAGGCAUGCUUUCCAUAGUCUGUGUCCCCUCCCUGCAGCUCUAGAGCUGGUCCAGAGGAUGUCUUCAACCGCUCAACCGUGUGGCUGAGGGGUCACACCCUGAAGCACAGUGGAACAACAAGGUAGAAGGAACUUGAGUUUCUGAAACUAUCAUUUAGCCAUAUCAGCUGUGGACGUCCUGCCCAGAUGGCUCUUGUUUAAGCUGCCCUUUUUAAAAACUACUGUAUUUGGGGGUUUCUUUGUUCCAACAUCCUUAUUUCUCAAUUUUACAAGUUUGUCAAAAAUGAGUUGUGAAAUCGAUCUAUAGAAAAGUGUAGGUAUGUACUAUGUCCUAUACUGUCUUAGAAAAGUUCUUAAUUCUGUUGCUGUUAAUGGAUGGUUCACAUUUGUUUAAUAAUCACAUGAAUGGAUAAAGUCAAUGUACCAUGUCUGCAAUGAUGGAGACAAAAGUAAAGUCCUGUUUCACUUUAGGCAGGUCUCCAUGAUCCCAAAAGACCAUGAUUCUAUGAAUAUAACUUUUUGAGUGACUUUGUGUACAAUAAAUGCUGGCCCAACUAACAGCACACUAUUUUGUGACAGAUUCAUGAAGAAUGAUCAGGGUUCUAAACCUGUAGUAAGUGACCAGUACGGUAGCCACUAGCCACAUUGGAAAUGGAAAUAUAAAUUUUAAUAAGUUUAAAUGUUCUUCUGUCACACUGGCCACAUUUCAGAUGCUCAAAAGUCAUAUGUCCUUAAGGGCUACAAUAUUGGACAAUGCAGACAUAGAACAUUUCUAUCAACACAGAAAAUUCUAUUGGGCAGCUCUGUUCUAGAUAUCUAAGUUGAAUGUACGCAUUUCUCAUCUCUCUCUGAAGUUCCAGGGGAUUUGGGAUCACAGAAAUGUAGCAGAAUUAAGCUUUCAGACAUCACACUGGAACACAGGGAUAGGGCUGCAUUUGGACUCUGAGGCUGGUUCUGGCUUUGAAGGUGAAGCAGCUCCAUCCUUGUCUUCUCAAACUGCAGCAACUUGCUACUCAAGUAGUAAAAUCUGCAGUGUAGACCUCUUGCCCUUUUCCUUACCAGAAACAUCCCCCUGUUCCAGUAAAGCCCUUUUAUGAUUUCUCAAGACCAGAGGUCCAAUUUUCUAAAACUUUUCAAACCUUUGUCUUAGUGUAAUUAAUGUGGUCUACCUUGUUUGUGUCUGCCCCAAAGACUGAGUUUCUUGAGGUCAGAGGCGAUAUCUGGUUCAUCUGUUUCUUGCAUAGCACUUUUACACAGUCAGCAGCUACAUGCUGCAUUGGAGUAGGUUUGGUGAUAAUGGACAGAAAGUUUUCUUUAGAAAUCCAGUCUGGAGUUAUUCUGAAGAGCUUUUUUUUUUUUUGGAGGGGAGGGAGCAGUGGUGGAUAGUAGAAAGAACAUCUGAAUAGGCAAGGAAUUAGAGCUGGGUUUUCAUGUCAGGCCCACAGCUCACCUGGAUAUAUCCCUAAGUAUCUUUUUCAGCUUUACUACAAAUCAGAUUAUUUUUAUGACAGUUUUUUGAGAUACUCAUGUGCCAUACAAUUCAUCCUUUUUAGAGUGUACAAUUCAGAGAUGUUCAGUAUAUUCAGAAUUGUGUAACUAUUGCAUUACCAGUACCCAUUAGCAGUUACUCCCUGUUCUCUCUUCCCCACCACCAUCUCCCCACCCCUGCUGACCGACCCUUGGCAACCACUAGUCUGUGUUAUGUAUCUAUAAAUCUGCUUAUUCUGGACAUUUCAUAUAUAUGGAGUUACACAAUAGGUGAUCUUUUGUGACUGCCUUCUUAGCAUGAUGUUUUUAAGGUUCAUCCAAGUUGUAGCAUAUAUCAGUACUUCAUUUCUUGUUAUAAAAUAAUAUUCCAUUUUAUGGAUAUACCACAUCUUUUGUAUUCAUCAGGUGAUGGACAUUUGGGGUUUUUCCAUUUUUUGGCUGUUAUGAAUAAUGCUGCUAUGAGCAUUCACGUACAAGUUUUCAUACAGACAUGUUUUCGAUUCUCUUGGAUAAUUACCUACAAGUGAAAUUCCUGGGGCAUGUUAUAACUCUAUGUUUAACAUUUUGAGGAACUGCCAAACUGUCUUGCAAAGCAGCAGCAACAUUUCACAGUCUACCAGCAAUGUGUAAAAGUUCCAGUUUUUCCACUUCCUCAACACUUGUUAUCUUCUGUCUUUAUUAUUUUACCUAUCCUGUUGUUGUUGUAUGCCAUCGAGUCGAUUCUGACAGCAACUGUAUGAGUCAGAACCGCCCCAUAGGCUUUCUCAGGCUGUGAUCUUUAUGAGAGCAGAACGCCAGGUCUUUGCCUAGCACGUAACCUUUGCACCUCCAGGGCUCCUUUUACUUAUCCUAGUGGGUGUGAAGUGAUGUCUCUUUGUGGAUUUAACUUUUAUUUCCCUAAUUAAUGAUAAAGAGCUCUGGUGGUGCAGUGGUUAAAGCACUCGGCUGCUGACCGAAAGGUCAGCAGUUCGAACCCACUGGCCACUUCAUGGGAGAAAGAUGUGGCAGUCUGCUUCUGUAAAGAUUUACAGUUUUGGAAACCCUAUGGGGCAGAUAUACUCUACAGGGUCGCAGGAGUUGGAAUCAGUGACAGUGUGUUUGGUUUUUUGGUAAUGAUUAAUGAGGUCGACCAUCUUUUCAUGCUUAUUGGCCAUUCAUAUAUCUUCUUUGAAGAAAUGUCUAUUCAAAUAAAUGGCCUAUUUUUAAAUUGAGGUAUCUGACUUUGUAUUGUUGAAUUGUAAGAGUUCUUUAUAGAUCAUGAAUACAAGUCCCCUGUCAGAUAAAUGGUUUGCAAAUAAUUUUCUCCCAUCGUGCAGACUCCGUUCUCAUUUUCUUGAUGGCGUUAUUUACAGCAUAAAAAUUUUUAAUUUUGAUGAACUACCAUUUAUCAGUUUUUUCUUUCAAAUCAGGAAUCUUCACUAUGUUUUAUUCUAGGAGUUAUAUAAUUUUAGCACUUACACUUAAUCUGUGGUCUAUCUUGAGUAAAUUGUUGUAUAAGAUGUGAGGUAGGGGUUCAACUACAUUCUAUUACACAUGCAUAUCCAGUUAUCCCAGUACAAUUUGUUGAAAAGACUAUUCUUUCCCUAUUGAAUGGUCUUGGCCCUUGUUGAAAAUCACCUGACCAUAAAUGUUAGAAUUUAUUUCUGAACUCUCAAUUCUAUUCCAUUGAUCUGUAUGUCUGUCCUUAUACCAGUACCACAUCCUCUUGAUUACUGUAGCUUUAUAGAAGUUUUUUAAUUGGGCAGUGUGAAUUCACCAAAAAUCCUCCAAGUUUGUUCUUUUUCUAGAUUGUUUCAGGUGUUCUAGGAUCCCUUGCAUUUGCAAGCGAAUUCUAGGACCAGCUUGACAAUUUCUGCAAAAAGCUAACUGGUGUUUUAUCUAUC